AUGUCCUCACGCCGCGUCAGGCUUUCAGUUGAAGAACGUUCACUUCAGAAUUCACAGGGCCCAGUCCGCGUGGCUAGGUUGAGGACUUCACAGUCCCCAGCACAGAAAACCCUUCGUCAUUUGCGUGAUGCCAUCGUCAAAGCUUGCUCCAGGAGUUUAGAAAGCCCCGAACAAACAACUUCACGUCGUCAUAGGAAUACUAGGGCUACAGCCGCCUCUAGAGCUUUGGAACAACCUCAAGAAACUGCUCAUCGUCGCUUUAGAAAUGCUCUAUCCACCGCAUCUGCCAGAGCCUUAGAAAGCCCUGCACAGACCGCUGUUCGUCGCAUUAUAAAUGCCCGCUCCACUGCAUCUGCUAGAGCCCUAGAAAGCCCUGCACAGACCACUGUUCGUCGCGUUAGAAAUGCCCGCUCUACUGCAUCUGCCAGGGUUGCAGAAAACUCUGAAGUACGCCGUCAACGGCUCGAAAACAUUAGCUCAUUUCGAGCUUCUUUGAAUGGCGUAACUUCGCCGUCUGCAUCAUUUUGGUCAAAUGUCGCAUACAAUUAUGACUGCACUGUCAACUAUUCCGCUAGGAGAGACGUACAAAUAGGGGCCAUGGAUAAAGUUUGCACUUUCUGCAACGCGCAAAAGUGGGCCGGUGAGCAACCUGGGCUUUGUUGCUCUGAGGGCAAAAUCAAACUCCCUUCUUUAGACGAGCCUCCCCAGCCACUUAGGGACCUCCUUCUGGGUACAACUUCGGAGUCAACGCAUUUUCUUGAAGCAAUACGGAAGUAUAACUGUUGCUUCCAGAUGACGUCUUUUGGUGCGAAGGCUAUUUGUGAAGGGGGAUGGAUGCCUACUUUCAAAGUGCAAGGCCAGGUUUACCACUUAAUGGGAUCACUUUUGGCUGAUCAGGGAGAGCCACCUCAGUUCUUACAAAUUUACUUUCUCGCAGACUACAACGAGCAGGUUGAUGCGCGUCUCGGCAUUCUGCUUAGCGAUAUUUCCAUCGGUCCCCGUAGAGCCAUUCUGUUCCGUCUACAAGACAUGCUUCACGAAACUAACAGUUACAUCCGAAGCUUAAAGUUUGCGUUGCAAAACAACUCUUUGCCCUCUUUCAGCGUUGUCAUCGAUGCAGACAGACGGCCUCAAGGUGAGCAUGAGCGUCGCUUCAAUGCUCCUGUAUGUAAUGAAAUUGCCGCAGUCAUCCACGGUGAGGAGCAUAACAACCGUGACAUUGUCAUAAAAUACCGGGGCGGUGGUCUGCGCCGCAUCAGUGAAACCCACCGUUCAUACGACUGUCUCCAGUACCCAUUUCUUUUUCCAUACGGAAGCGAUGGGUACCACUUCAAAAUCCCAAUAUGCCAGGCAAGCAGCGAUUCCAUGUCGACCUCAAAGACGGUCUCCUGUGCCGUCAAAUAUUUCUUCAAUUCGCUGUUGAACAUGGCUGCAAAAAUGGAGUCGGAGAGGUUAGGAUUCAUCAAGUUAAACCAAUCCAAACUUCGAACUGACUCCUACAUUCACCUUCGUGAUGGUCUGCGUUCUGAUGCUGACCCACGCAAUCUCGGCAAACCGUGCAUUUUGCCUUCCUCUUACACUGGUGGCCCUCGAUACAUGCAUGAAAGGACACAAGACGCAAUGACCUAUGUCCGUCAUUGUGGGAGGCCUGAUUUGUUCAUCACGUUCACGUGCAAUCCGAAAUGGGUUGAUAUUACACGCGAACUUUUUCCAGGCCAGCAGUACUCACACCGCCCUGACCUAAUUGCCCGCGUUUUCCGGUUACAGCUGCGUAAGCUUAUGGAUUUAAAGGGCAAGUCUUCGGACGCGCCAAGUGUCAUAUGUAUACAGUGGAAUGGCAGAAACGCGUUGUCUUUUUUUAUAUCAUUGUUCUUUAUUUUCUCUUUCACGUUUCCUCUUUUCUUUCCCUUUUUUUCUUCUUUGACACAAAUACGAUUUCACACACUGUCUGGCUGUAACGGAGAUAUACACUUUCUUCCUCUCCCUGGUUUUUCUUCUUUCUUACAUUCUUCUUCUGUAUACAGUUCAGUUUCUUUCUUCCUUUCUUCUUUACACAAUUCAGCUUGUAACAGAGAUAUAUACUUUCUUCCUCUCUGA